AUGUGGUCGUUCGGGUGUAUGGCGGCAGAGCUUUUUGUUGGUAUUCCAAUUUUCCCGGGCAAUAGUGAGUACAACAUGAUUUACAAAUUCAUCAAUAUGAUCGGCCUGCCUCCCACUUCACUCCUCAAUAAAGGCACUAAAACUACAAAAUUCUUCCGCCGUAAACGCGCGAUUGAAAUGAAAAACAGUGACGAUGUUUGGGCUUUUAAAACAAAGCGCGAGUUCGAGGAGGACAACAAUGUGUACACUGAGCCUAAUCGCGAAUAUUUCUCUUAUAAAACACUUGAAGAUAUUGCAAUGAAAGUGAACUUCAGAGUUUCUGCCUCCGACGAACCACGAAAAGCUGAAAUGCGACAUGCAUUUCUGGACUUCAUCCAACGAGCUUUACAAUGGGACCCAGAAGUUAGGAUGCGCCCAGACCAAGCUCUCCAGCACCCUUUCAUUACUAAAAAACCUUUUGUGGUUGACUAUGUCUUACCUCCAUCAGCUGAACCACUCAGGUCGUUCCCACCUGGUACUCAACUCACCGUUGAUCAAGUCCUUCAAAAGAUAGCUCCAAAUCCCGCAGCUGCGGCCAAAUUGCGGAGUAUGGGGUAUAAUGCUACAACAUAUUAUCAAGUAUAUUCCGAUGGUCUUAACAAGGGGAUUGUUCUGAACAUCUUAAAUUCCAACCCGUUCAUGUUACAACCAAUGACACCUCCCUCUCUUGUCAGAGCUAAUUUGUACGAAGAAGAACUACACAAACAAGAGCAGCGCAAGGUGCAGCCCGAGUCUCGUGGGUUUGUGUAUCAAGGCAUUUCAUCAUCAGCAAUUCACCAGAAUGUGAUGAAGUCUCAAAUGAAAUUCAAGACGUUCACGGAGCUCAAAAAAGAAAAGGAAACUCGCUCUGAUGAGAUGAAAGAGCGCAAGCAGAGGAGGCAAACAUCCGACAUUUUUUGCACAAAAGGGAUGGAGUCUUUAUCUCCACAAGACACUGAACCGGUUGCCCAAAGCCUCAAAAUCGAUACACAACAGUCUUUUCUCGGGAGGUCAAUGGACGCAAACGACAUCAACAUUCAACAAAGCGAAGAUGAUCCGACAGUAGGGUCCUGGAGCAAAAAGACUGGAAUGCUUUUGCCGCCAGGAAACUUCUAA